UUUUUACGUACCUUUUGUGCUAGCGCUGCAUAUAUAUCGUGCAACUGUUUAUUACUGCACUGCAUGCUAGAUCUAGUUGGCAGACCUGACCAAGCUACUGCUACAGUUGCUAUUUGGACAUAAAUUGUGCUAAGACAGGACUAGACUCUGAUGGAUUCAUCACCAGAUUUAUCUUUAAAUCAUCAACGAAGAGUCCAAACAGAUGAUGGGAGCUCUAGAGAAAGAAAAAGCAAAUUGCCUCGGCAUUCAGCCACUGCCAUCAUGGAUCAUGCUCCCUCGAGUACUCUAAAAAAGAGGGAAUCAUUUCGUGAGUAUGUUGAUCUAUCAGUUGAACCAUCUGAAGGUAAGGGUAUUAUUAUUUGCACAAGGUUUAUCAGAGUAUCACUAACCUUCAUGGUUGUAGUUGAUUAUGGAGCUCUUCCUAAAUCUAAUGAAUUUGAGGAUAUGACGCAGUAUGAUUUUGAGCCUAAGAUUGCACCAAUAAAAAUGCACUUUGAAGGGGCUGAGACAGGACCAGAUUCCAUGUCCGGUGAAAUCGAAGUAUCUGAGGUGCCCAAUAGUGAAGACGAGUCACCAGGUCCGCUUAUGGAUGCUAAAAAAGACUCAAUUGGACACAAAAGGAAACAGGUCACUCGUCAGCUAGAAGUACGUAAAUCCGAGAACGAAAUGAUGGAUGAACAUCCCAGUUACCAUGAAGAGAUCACUGGAGACGAAGCUGAAAAGAGACUGAAACUUUGUUCAAAUCACGGUUAUCUCACUCGUCACAGUAAGAAGAAUCAGAGCUAUGUCCUAUCUGUACACAAGCAAACUGGCCUUGAGGAUGUGUUCAAGCAUUUCCCCAUACUUUUCACGAAUGGCAACAGCAAGAUGUAUCAAAUUGGUGUAGGGUGUAAAGAAUUCGCUAACCUUCUGGAGAUGCUUAAUUUCUAUGAAAGAAACAGAAUUGAUCCAUCGCUAAAGAGCAUUGGUACACAUGUUACAGAAGAUGAGUAUCACAGGAGGGAGCAAGAGAGAAACAAUCCUGUUCCACUGGUGGGUAAACGCCCAAAGGCAGUCAGGAAUUCUGACAGUACUAGAUCUAAAUCUAAUUGUGUGGUUCUAUAAGAACAUCAAUGUGUUGUAUACAAAUGUACAAACAUUUUACUAUGCUGUUUUUCACAAAAUUAAUUCAAAAAUGUAUGUUAGGUAGUAUCCAGUAUACUUUUUGUUGUCGGAGUUAUGUUUUUCAUUUCAGGUAGUUCUGUCCAACUAAAUAAUUAUACCAUGCACG